AUGGCCGAUGUUCGCGCUCUACUGAGGCAGCAACGCGCUGCUCGCCGAAUUGAACACCCCCACGCCUCCUAUUCCGACUCUGGGAAGCUCUCGUGCGCCAUCUGCCUCGAGCCCAUCAAGGCUGAAUCCCUCUGGGAAGGUCAUCUGCGCAGCGCCGGCCAUCGCGAACGAGUCCAAGUGCUGUUCAACACCGACAAGAACAGCAAUGGCCCCAGCUAUGCCGGCUUCGUGGACCAAGCCUCUGCUGCGGUCGGCCCAUCAACCAACAAGCGCAAGCACAGCGAUUCAGACGAUGAAAUGGGUGACACUUUUGACGAGGACGCCGCGCGACGAAAAAAGAGCAGACCUGACGUGGUGACCACCUCGGACGAGAAUCAACGGGCUGCGGCCGAGAGAAGCAAACCGGUGACACCACCACUGGCCCGACGAACAUCGGGCACCCCUACCUUUGGAGUUGAGAUGCAGAUGCCCUCUAGACCAGCCACACCUGUCGCAGUCCGGGAGGAUAGGGAGAAGAAUAGCAGUGGAAGUGCCGGGACACCAAUGUCGAUCACGCCAAAACCAGCAUCGCAAAACAGGUCACCGCUUAUACCGCAUGAGCCACAGCAAAAUCAACCACCAAAGACAUCUACGCCAGCGCCGGUGGCGGACGACCUGUGGGCAGAGUUUGAGGCGGACUUGUUGCAGGAGAAAAAGAAGCCUGCUGCUGUUGCUGCUUUGGACGGCGAUGCUGUCAUUUCUGCGCCGGUUAUGACCAAUGAGGAGAUUGCUGCCAAGUCGGAAGAGGAAGAAAGACAAAAGAGAAGGGCGCUGGCGGAUAUCGAGCUGGAGGAUGAGAAAGAGGAGGCCACUCGGGCGUUGGAGACCGAGUUUGAAGUUAUGGAAGAGCUGGAAGCGCGUGCGAGAAAGCUCAGGGAAAGGAGAGAGGCAUUGAGGGUACAAGGAGGGGGGGGGGGUGCUGCUCCUGCUGCUGCUACGGCUAAGGGACCCGCGCUUGGAAAGGAGAAUGCUGCCGUGGCGGAAGAUGAAGACGAUGAAGAUGAUGACGAGGAUGAGGAUGAUUGGGAUGGGUUCCGAUUCCGGGCUUAG